AUGUUGCGAUUGCCUCGUGUGGUACGCCAAACUGUUUCAGUGCACAAAGCACAUCAAUUAUCUAGAUUUUAUGCCAAAGAUGUAAGGUUCGGUGCUGAUGUAAGAGCUCUCAUGCUCCAGGGCGUGGAUGUUCUAGCAGAUGCAGUCGCCGUCACAAUGGGCCCUAAAGGCCGAAACGUUAUUCUGGAACAGUCUUGGGGAUCUCCGAAAAUAACCAAAGAUGGUGUAACAGUUGCAAAAGGAGUUGAACUUAAAGACAAAUUCCAGAACAUCGGAGCUAAGUUAGUACAAAAUGUUGCAAAUAACACAAACGAGGAAGCCGGCGAUGGAACGACGACUGCGACAGUACUCGCUAGAGCCAUCGCCAAAGAAGGUUUCGAGAAGAUUUCGAAAGGCGCGAACCCCAUCGAAAUCCGUCGUGGUGUGAUGAUGGCCGUCGACGCUGUUAAGGACAAGUUAAAGUCGAUGUCUAAGCCUGUAACGACCCCUGAAGAAAUAGCACAGGUCGCAACUAUUUCGGCAAACGGUGAUAUUGCUAUUGGAAAGCUCAUUGCUGAUGCUAUGAAGAAGGUUGGGCGCGAUGGAGUUAUAACUGUUAAAGACGGUAAAACUCUUAACGACGAAUUGGAGGUUAUUGAAGGUAUGAAAUUUGAUAGAGGUUAUAUUUCACCAUAUUUCAUCAAUUCUUCUAAGGGUGCAAAGGUCGAAUUCCAUGACGCUCUAGUUUUAUUCUCUGAAAAAAAGAUUAGCAAUGUUCAAACAAUUAUACCAGCUUUAGAAAUGGCUAACCAACAAAGGAAACCUUUAGUGAUUGUUGCUGAAGAUGUAGAUGGUGAAGCUUUAUCCACCCUUGUUGUAAACAGACUUAAGAUUGGUCUCCAGGUGGCUGCAGUUAAAGCUCCUGGAUUUGGUGACAACAGAAAAGCUACUCUUAGUGACAUGGCUAUUGCUGCUGGUGGUGUGGUAUUUGGUGAUGAUGCAAACCUGAUCAAAUUGGAAGAUGUCCAACCUUCAGAUUUGGGACAAGUAGGUGAAGUGGUUAUCACAAAGGAUGAUACACUAUUCCUUAAGGGCAAGGGUAAGAAAUCAGACAUUGACAGAAGAGCUGAACAAAUCCGGGACCAAAUUCAAGAAACCAAUUCUGAAUAUGAAAAAGAGAAAUUGCAAGAAAGACUUGCAAGAUUAGCAUCUGGUGUUGCCGUUUUGCAUGUUGGUGGUUCAAGUGAGGUAGAGGUAAAUGAGAAGAAAGACAGGGUCAAUGAUGCUCUUAAUGCCACACGUGCUGCCGUUGAAGAAGGUAUUGUUCCUGGAGGUGGAUCUGCCCUUCUCAGAUGUAUUCCAGUACUAAAUGAACUGAAAACUUCAAACUCAGACCAGGCAACAGGAGUAGAAAUCAUUAAGAAAGCUUUAAGAAUGCCCUGCAUGACCAUUGCAAGAAAUGCUGGGAUUGAUGGUUCAGUAGUCGUUGCUAAGGUGGAGGACCUUGGCCCUGAAUUUGGUUAUGAUGCAUUGAACAAUGAAUAUGUUAAUAUGAUUGAAAAGGGCAUCAUUGAUCCCACUAAGGUUGUGAGAACGGCAUUAACUGAUGCAAGUGGUGUUGCAUCGCUGUUAACAACAGCUGAAGCUGUGAUUUGUGAUAUUCCACAGGAGAAGGAACCAAACCCCAUGGCCGGUAUGGGAGGCAUGGGUGGAAUGGGAGGUAUGGGGGGGAAUGAUGUAAGCCGCCUUCGAAAUUUGCAUUUACAAUAA